GACGCAUGCAUGAGAUCGCUUCAUUGCUGCCCUAUCAAUUUCCUUGCAUCUAUCACACAACGCUCCUUUGCCUCUUGCCUCCAGCAGAGCGUGGAUCUGCUGCGUUGCCGCCUUAGCAUUGCCGUCCAGCAAUCGAAGUCCAGCUGUACUGUACGCUCUUUAGUGAAGUGGAACUCGAGCUCCCUGUCACACACAUGACCUACACGCUAGACAAUCGGACGAUGCGCGAUCUCGGGAAAGGAGCUACUUGCUAUGUGAUUCUGUGCGGUAAGAUCCUGUACCGCUUGAUCAGACUGCAUGCGCGAUGUGGUAGGACAUCUCCGACGAGACAAGGCUGUGUGCAAUGGGACGAUAUGGCGCGCGAUGCUCAAAGCGCGGACGGAAUUCGUGCAGUCAAGAUUCUUUCGGGAGCUGAUCUGGCGACGCAACCACCAUACGAUCAAAUCGACAGUUGAUUUAGAGAAGCAUGACUUGGGUGUUGGGAAAGAGCUUGGCUAUUGGAACAUUUGGCCUGGGGCGAGGCAAACAAGAGAGGACACUGCAGUACAAACCUGCUGUGCAGUGUUCCUGCUGGAGGAAAAGUCCCCCCUCCUUUUGUAUACUUGUAGGGUGCGAAUGCUGCAUGGAUGAUCGGGUCACGAUGACGAUUGAAGCGUGCAGACCGACGGGUAGCCGAACGUGCCACCUCUGCGAGGAAGCGCCGUUUCAAGAUGGGCGAAGGAUACUUGGGACGUUGAGCGCGCAUC